AUGGCAGAAGUGAUCCUCCAUGUUUACGAUAUGACCAAAAGUGAUGGGAACGAGGCACUCAAUUUCGGUGUAGUCCAAAUGAACAAACUCCUCAAAGACGGCAUCUACUUUGGUGGCAUCUUCCACACUGCUGUACAAGUUUAUGGCAACGUUGAAUGGGCCUACGGCUCCUGUGAGAAAGGCAGCGGGGUUUUCAGCUGCCCCGCUGCCAGAAACCCCAAUUACACGCAUCGCGAAAAGAUUGUAGUGGGCAGAACAGAGUGCUCUCCCACCAAAGUCAAUCAAAUCUUGAAAGAUCUUCGCGAUGCAUGGCCUGGCAGCAAGUACAACAUGGUCUCGAGGAACUCAAAGCAUUUCUGCGACGACUUCCUGGAGAAAUUAGGCGUCCCAAAGCUUCCAAAUUGGGCUAACAGGUUUGCUGACAUUGGUGAUUUUGCAAAGGAAACAGCUGGGACUGUGGUUAAAGCUAAAGACAAGGCGCUUAACAUUGUGUUUCAUCCAGUUGAUUUUGCUUUCAACUUUACUGCUGCUAAUAAAACCUCUAAAGCAAUAUAUAGCCCCAGUGAGUUUGGAUUCAGCUUGAAUUUUGCUGUUAGAAAUUUCAAGGUCGCUGCACCUGUCCGCUCCGAUCAGGCUAAUUAGGACUAGCUAGAAAGUAUAUAAUAUAUACCGCUACUCGUUUAUGAUGCAGUUCUAUUUGCAUGAACUAUCGCCAUAUUCGUGUGAAUCCUCCAAAAUAUUCUAGAAAAUUUGACAUGAGUUAGUCAUUUGCAGAGGAUCUGAGCAAAACAACUCCUUUUGCUUACUAGUACUACAUUACUACUUAGUAAGUAGUUAUUGCUACUAGUGUUCCUCAUUUAUAGCUAAGAUUAUAUGAAUAAAAACUGUUUGCAUGAUGAUAGAAAUGCAUAUAGCAACUGUUACGUACUCAAUGAAGAGCAUUAUGAAAAUGGAAAGGAAUUAAUUACUUGAAGUAGCA